ACAGGUGGAGUCAAAAAGAAGAAGCGCCCACCGAUGAAGGAGGAGGACCUGAAAGGAGCUCGUAGUAAACUAGGGCUGAAGGGUGAAGUCAAGAGUAAGACCUAUGAGGUCAUGGUGGAGUGCGAACGCGUGGGCAAAGCGGCGCCGUCCGUGUUCAGCGGCGUGAGGACGGGAGCGGAGACUGCACUGUCCGGCCCCGCUGCCGCCGGAGGGCCGGCCACCGGAGUGGUCAGCAAGUAG